AUGACUUCAAGGUCUGUCACGUGACUGUUAGUGCAUAACGCCGCUACCUUACUCGUGACGCUAAAACUCCCUAAUAGGGCGCGCUGUUUCGUACCCUUAUCAGAGGUGCGCCUGUGUUGCAAGAAGCUGUCUUGGCGUAGCCGAAGCAGAGUGGGUGUUUAUGGGGUUUGCGGCAUGGUUCUAACGCCACAAUAUAUAUGUUGGCAAUGAAUCAGUAGACAAAUUUGACGGAAGAAACUUGGCUAUCCUGAUCAGUGUUCUUCUUUAUACAGCUGUGAGGUGAAGGUGAGCUUCCUUACAUCUAUCGUUAAUCAUCGUCUUGUUGUAAUAAUUAUUUAGUAAAUAUUAAUAAUAAUUAUAUUUAAAAUGUAAUGAUAAUUAUUGUGAAUCAUUAAUAUUGUCGUUAAUGUAUUAACUAAUCGAAAGAAGUUACCGCGAAGUUGCAUGCUGAAAGAUGGGUCGAGUAAUUCGCGCCCAGAGGAAGGGUCACGGAAGUGUAUUCCGUAGUCACACCAAACACAGGAAAGGUGCCCCACGUUUACGAGCGUUGGACUUCGCUGAGAGACACGGCUACAUUAAGGGUGUGGUUAAAGACAUCAUUCACGAUCCAGGACGUGGUGCCCCGUUAGCAUGUGUCCACUUUAGAGACCCAUACAAAUUUAAGACACGUAAGGAGCUGUUUAUUGCACCAGAAGGAAUGUACACAGGCCAGUUUGUGUACUGUGGUAGGAAAGCCACAUUACAGAUUGGCAAUGUAAUGCCAGUUGGAUCCAUGCCUGAGGGUACAAUUGUGUGCAACUUGGAAGAGAAAACUGGAGAUCGAGGACGUUUGGCUCGUGCGUCAGGCAACUACGCAACUAUUAUUGCACACAACCCUGACACUAAAAAGACACGUGUUAAAUUGCCUUCUGGUGCUAAGAAAGUUAUGCCAUCAGCAAAUCGUGCUAUGGUUGGUAUUGUGGCAGGUGGAGGGCGUAUUGACAAACCCAUCUUAAAGGCUGGUCGUGCGUACCACAAGUACAAGGCUAAGCGCAACUGCUGGCCGAAGGUACGUGGUGUGGCUAUGAACCCUGUAGAGCAUCCCCAUGGUGGUGGUAACCAUCAACAUAUUGGUAAAGCUUCCACUGUCAAGAGAGGUACCAGUGCUGGUAGGAAGGUUGGUCUUAUUGCUGCCAGAAGAACUGGUAGAAUCCGUGGUGGUAAGACUGACACUAAGAAGGGUGAUAAUUAAAUUCAGAGAAGUGUAAAAUUUCUGAUGUUAAUAAAUUUCUGGUAUAUAUACACUGG